AUGAGCGAUGACCGUAUAAUCAGCGAUGACAGUUCCAGCAUCUAUAGCCGAUCGGCCGACUCUCCCAAACUGUUCCUGACGUCACAUGCUGCAAUCGCUCUCUCUGCGAAACAUGAUUUGCCGGAAAUCAACUCUCUUGAUCAUCAGAUUGCCAUGGCUCAUGGCUCAACAAUGGCUUUAGAGACUACUACAAUUCGGUUGCAAAAUUCGAAGUCUGGACAUAGACGAUCACUCCCCGAAUCACGCUACGAAAAGCUCCGUCAAUGGGAGGAGCAGAAGUGUGAAAACGAAUUUUUUCAAUCAUGCCUUGAAAACUUCCAUGAAUUUUCAAAGUCAGUGAUUGGUGUGAUUCAGAAUCUUACGCCACAAUUCUAUGAUGAGCCCGAGGAAGUACCCGUCAGUAACUUACAUGUUCUACUGGCGGUUCACCUCCUUCGUGAACAGCUUGAAAAGUCUAGAGUCCAGGAGGCCAAAGCAGAGCAAAAGUGGAAGUCUCAAUGGAAUCUUUCUCGAAUAUGGAAUCCUACUUCUCGUUGGAUUUGA